AUGUUAGUAAACGAUGAUGAGUAUUUGAAACAACAUUUCAGAACGAGCCGCAGAACUUUCGAUGAACUAAAGGAUCUGGAAAUGCAAGAUACAAAAUUUAGCCUUAUGGAGGUCGAGUGCGGGUUUUUCUGCGGUCGUCAUUUCCACAAAAAUUGUAUUGAUCUAUCCGAUGACAUUCAUAAAUCAUUAAUCAAUCGUAAUUUAUUCUGGAAAUGCAAUUCUUGUGUGAAUAUAAACCUCUCAACCUUCAUCAAUAAUUUUCACGAUCUUUCUCUGAGUGUAAGAGAGAUUAAAAAUGAUCUAAGUGCUCUUAAAUUAGUGUUCUCAAAUAAUUCACCACCUCGUAAAACAGCAAAAAAAAAUUCUAAAUCUGCGGAAAGAGGCAAUGACUCAAGUUCUUUAACCAAUUUUAAUAUUGAGCCAAAUACAAAAAAUAUUCCACCUCCUCCCCUUAAUAUAUCUGAAGAAUCUGAAAUAGCAAAAAGUGUUACAAAAUCAUCUGCUUCAACAUCCGAACAUAAUUCCAUCAUAUCAGAACAACCCGGUGUAUUCAAAAAUACUACUGAAUGGACCGAAGUUCAAUCUAAAAAAAAAAAAAAUUCUAACUCAACUAAUACUAAAAAAAUAAUUGGUACUGACUCUUCGGCUACUCUCUGUGCUCUCGCCGACUAUACGUGGAUUCACUUAUCAAAAUUUAGUAGAGACACUAAGCCUGAAGAUAUAAUAAAUCACAUUUCUGAGAAAACUAAUAUUUCACCAAACCAUUUCAAAUGUUAUGCUUUGGUUAAAAAAGAUACUGAUACAUCUAAACUAAAAUUCGUUACAUUUAAACUAAGUGUCCCAGCCUCAAAAUAUUCUAUCAUAAUGGAUUCGUGUUUAUGGCCGUGCUUUGUUCAAAUAAAGAAAUUCGUAUCGCGAGAAAGCAGCAACAACAAUAAGAAUAAAGAAUUGUCUCUUCAAACAUCUUCAUCUCUAAAUAUUUCAACGUCUCAGACACCUCCACCACCACCACCGUUACCAACCUUACCACCUCAGCCAUUACCAUUGCCAACUCCACCUACAACCCAACAACAAUUACAACAACCAGCGCUCAAUUGACAAUCAACAUCAUCAUUUUCUCAAUCUCCGAUUACUUCUUUCUCUCACGAACACCUUAACAAACGAUCUAAUCUCUUCGGUUAUUAUCAGAACGUAGGGGGAAUGCGCACAAAAAUGCAACAUAUGUUCUUGUCUUUGUCCUCUGCUCGAUUUGAUUUCAUUGCACUAACUGAAACAUGGCUAACAAGAAAUCAUCAUAAUGCAGAAAUUUGCAGCAACAACAAUUAUGCUCUCUUUCGCAAAGACCGAUGUUCUCAAUCAACUGGAUUAGAAAGAGGUGGAGGUGUUCUCAUUGCAGUAAGCUCGUCAUACACUUGCACUGAAUUAGAUUUACCUUCUUCUUCUUCUCCCUGUCCAUAUGACAUAGACCAAAUAAUUGUAAAAAUAAACUUCGCAAAUAGAUAUGUGAUUGUUAUUGUAUGUUAUAUUCCGCCUAAAAGCCCACUUGAUCUUUAUAAAGUACAUGUAAAAAAUUGUGAAUUCUAUCUAACAAAGCUUAAAUCGGAACAUGUAAUUAUUCUUGGAGAUUUUAAUCUGUCAAACAUUGAAUGGGUAUUCGAUCCCGAGGAACUACAUCUCUUGUCAUUUAAUGUAAAUUCAGAUAUUGAAUGUGAAGUAAUUGAUACUUUUUCAAGUUAUGACUUAAUCCAAAUUAACUGUUGUGUGAAUAAUUUAAAUCGUAUUCUGGACCUUGUUUAUGUUGACAGAGAACUAGCUAUAUCUGUUAAUAAAUCAAUAUAUCCUAUGUUUUCUAACUCUGUUCAUCACAAUGCUUUAGAUAUUUGUUUCUCUUUUUAUGAUUUUAUCAAAUCUGACAAUUGUGUGAAAUUGAAACUGAAUUACAAAAAAGCUAAUUUCGAAGGCAUAGCGAGUUACAUGGUGCAUAUUCCGUGGUGUGAGUAUUUUUGUUCUUUGGAUUUAUUACAUUUUUAUGACAUUUUUAUUGAUAACCUGAAAUUGGCAAUUGAUAUGUAUGUUCCUAAAGUUGAAAUUAAAGCAAAUUCUAAGCCACCUUGGUUCAAUAAAAAGCUUAGUAACUUAAGCAAUAGAAAAAACAAGGCUUAUAAACGCUUACGGAUAGCAGAAAAUAAAGAUGAACUACAAAAUAUUUAUAUCCAAUUGGAACGAGAAUUUAAUGUUCUUAGCAAAUUUUUAUUUCAAAAUUAUAUUUUAUCAAUUGAAUCUAACCUAAAAAAAAAUAGUAAGUCAUUCUGGUCAUACAUCAAGAGUAAAAAAAAUUCGGUUGGUAUUCCCAGGUGCAUGAAUUACCUUGGGUCAACAUUUUCAACUGUGUCAAGUAUUUGUGAUUCCUUCGCACACUAUUUUGAAUCUAGUUACGCUAAUUCGAAUGCAAGUUCAGCAUGGACAGACGAAUAUUUGUCUUUUGAAUGUAAGACUGAUAUUGGUUGUUUAGAGUUAAAUAUUUCCGAAAUUGAAGAUGGUCUCUUGAGUUUAAAUGAUGACAAUAAACCAGGUCCAGACGAAAUUCCACCUAUUGUUCUUAAAAAAUGUGCUGCUUCUCUAGCUGAACCACUUUUCCUAAUUUUUAAUAGCUCUUUGAAGAAAGGCGAAUUUCUUCCAUCAUGGAAGAAAUCAUUUUUAAACCCUAUUCACAAAUCAGGGUCUAAACAGCAAAUAUGUAACUACCGUCCGAUUUGUAAAUUGUCAUGUAUUCCAAAACUUUUCGAGAAAUUGAUAUAUGAAAAACUAACAUUUUUAGUUAAGGAACACAUUUCACCGUUACAACAUGGUUUCGUUGCAGGAAGAUCAACAAUGACUAAUCUUUCUAUUUUCUCCAAUUUCAUUUUAAAUAAUCUCGAAGAAGGACAUCAAAUUGAUGUAAUUUAUACCGAUUUUUCAAAGGCAUUUGAUAGAGUAAGUCACUCUAUUUUAAUUAAGAAAUUAAAAAACUUUGGAUUUCAUUCUAUGUUUUUGAAAUGGUUGGAAUCUUAUCUUAAGGGUCGAGUUCAAUUUGUUUGCAUUGACGAAGUUCUCUCAAAACCAAUUUUGGUUUCAUCUGGUGUGCCCCAAGGUAGCCAUCUUGGACCACUUCUUUUCCUAAUUUUUAUAAAUGACUUACCUAGUAUUUUCCUUAAUUCUAGUCAACUUCUUUUCGCCGAUGACCUAAAGUUUUUUCGUUGCAUAAAAUCUAUUAAUGACUGUCAUCUCUUACAAGACGAUAUUUUGAAACUAUCCCAAUGGUGCAAGAAAAACCAAUUAUAUUUAAAUGUAGCUAAAUGUCAAUGUUUCUCUUUUUGCCGCAACUUUUCUGAAAUAAUCUUUGAAUAUAAUAUUGAAAAUCAAGUUCUAGAAAGAGUAGGGGAGAAGAAAGAUCUUGGUGUUGUUUUUGACCCUAAACUUAACUUUGUUAAGCACAUUGAAUUUAGUGUAACCAAAGCUAAUUCCAUGCUCGGUUUUAUCAAACGCAAUAGCAUAGACUUUAAAGACCCUUUUACUCUCAAAUCGCUUUUUACCUCUUAUGUAAGACCAAUCUUGGAAUACUGUUGUGUUAUCUGGAACCCUUUUUAUAACGUUCAAUCUAAAAGAAUUGAAAUGGUCCAAAAAAAAUUUACAAGAUUCACUAUUCAAAAAUUUGGUUGGAACAUCGAAACACCAUCAUACAAAACUAGAUGCCAACUUUUAGGUAUUCAAUCACUUGAAAAUAGACGUAAAAUGUUUUCUGUGAUGUUUAUAAGUGACAUUUUAUCAUACCAUAUCAAAUGCCCUUUUUUGUUGUCUUUAAUAAAUUUGUAUGCUCCAUCGCGACAACUUCGAAUACGUUGUUUGUUUCGAGAAGAUGUACACAGAGUUAAUUACGCGAAAAAUGAACCUUUAACCCGCUGUGUCAAAGAAACAAACUUAAUUUUAAAUUGUAUUGAUUUUGAUUUUCACUUAAGUAGAUCUUCUUUGAAAAGUAAACUAUUAUUGCAUUUUCAUUUUAAUUGAUUUUAUAUUUUGAUCAUGUAUGA